AUGGCUUUAAGAUAUGCUGAUAGAAAAGGAUUUGUGAUAGAAGCAUUUAUUGGACUUGUUCAUGUUCCUGAUACCAAUUCAAGUACUUUAGAUGAAAGAGCUAAGGCACCAGGAUAUUUUAGAAGUUGCCAAAUGUUUGAGAAAAAGGAGCAAGAUAUUGCUAAUGCCAUGAUACUUGUUGAAGUAGCAAAACAAAGGCUUCAAGAGCAUGAUAUACUGAUACCCAAUUUUGAUGAGUCAUAUGCUAACUCUGGAAGAUCACGACGCAAACUUGUUGAUCAUACUACUUUACAUCAUUAUCGUGUGGAUGUAUUUUAUAAGAUUAUUGAUUGGCAACUUCAAGAACUUAACGGUUGUUUCAAUGAGGUGACAAGGGAUUUGUUUCAUGGAGUAGCUUGCCUGAAUCCAAUUUAUUCAUUUUCUAGUUUUUACAUCAGGAAGAUAGUGAGAAUGACUAAUUUAUAUCCUGAUGACUUUGAUGAAUUUAAUUUGGGUGUCCUUGAGAAUCAACUUGCUAAUUAUAUUGUUGAUGUACGUGAUAUUGAUCAAAGGUUCUCCAAUUUAGGUGGACUUGGUGAACUUUCAAAAAAACUAGUUAAGACAAAGAAGAAUAUUACUUAUCCUCUUGUAUUAUGCUUAGUGAAACUUGCUUUGCUUCUGCCAGUUGCCACUGCAAUCGUUGAAAGAGCUUUUUCUGUAAUGAAGUUUAUCAAGAAUGACUUGCGUAAUCGAAUGAAUGAUGAAUUUUUGGACGGCCGCAUAGUGCCUUAUGUAGAAAAAAAAUGGACGGAUGGUCCGAUCGAUGAUUCUUCUCUGAGAGAUAUCCUCUCAUUGGUUAAACUCUUUCUUCCCAUUUGUAUAACUGGGGAGUUUGAUGUGGAUCCGUAUGACGAUCCUGAAGGUGAUGAUCUUCCUCUGGACUGUGGGGAUGAUCUUACCCAACUUCUACCUCUUCCUCUACCCCAGGGGGGUUCCAUCCU